UCACUCGUCUUUGCCCUGCGACUGAGCUGAUAGCCGGUGCCCCGCCCCGGCCCUCCGUUUCAAGGCCUGCAGGCUCGACAAUACCUCUGCUAUUUGCUGCUUUGCGCGGUCGCUCGUGCUCAGCGACCCCUUGCGAUAGUGCAAAAUGCGCUCGAGAAACUCUGCGCUUAUCCCCUGAUCCUUGUCUUGCCUCUUCAGCUUCAUUGCCGCACUCAGACUGAGGCAGUGGUAGGCAAGAAAGAGGAGGGACACGCCGCCGCCAAUGACGAACAAGCUGGGCAGCCACGACAGAGAGGGGCUGUUCAGGAGGGGAAAGAAGACCACCACGAUCGAGUAGCAGAUGGUUGCGCAGAUGAGGGAGACGACGGCGUAGAAACGGGCCCAAAAGAUGAAGGCCGUGCCGACGAGGAUGCCGCUGUUUUUCUCCUGGAGGGCCACCUGGAUGGCACGCUCACCUGAUGGACGGACGAAUGCAUGCAAGAGCUGCACCAUCAUUCUCUUUUCUCCCUUACCGGCAAAAUGGUCAAUACACGACCGCUGAUAAACUUCAUGUCCGUCCCGAGGCUUGAACGGUUCCUUGUAUGUGCCAUCAACGGGGUCUUUGAAGACCUUCCCCUCAUGCAU